AGCGUUCGAGUUAGUCUCGGGCAGAACACAGGCCCAGCAGGAUCUACGUUCACGCGGCCGUUGCGCCUCGUACCGCACACACCGUAUAUACCUCGCGCGUGCAAGGAGGAAUUUCCUCUCUCUCUUCGUUUUUUUUUUUUUUCUUUUCUCUCUUCAUUCCCAUUCUCGCGCGCGCACACCCUUCGCGAGUUUCGGAGAGGGAAGAGCGGAGAAACAGGAGGGAAGAAAGGCUUUCGAACAGUGCGCAGCUCUUAGUUUCAGGUUAGGAGCCUGCUAGGACGGGUCUCGUACUCUCUCUUCCUGAGGUCAGCCGAGACGAGUCGAGACGAGACGGGACGGAACGGAACGGGACGAGACGAGGCGAGGCGAGGCGAGGCGAGGGAAAAAAAAACGAGCGGAGCCAGUGAAGUGUGACCGCGUGCAGUGCAUGUUCGUCGGGUUUUUCCGCGCGAGUGUGGGUGUGAUGCCGCCGGGAGAAGAAGCGCAGAGAGAGCAGCAGCAUCGGCAACGGGCAGCCUGACGUCCGGCUUGAAAAAAAAGAAAGAGCCAGGAGAGAUUCGAAGAUAUCCGGUGGUAUCCCUCCCGAGGCGAGGGAGACCAGGGAGGCAGCGACGAGCGCGUCGAUGACUUUGGUGAACUCGGGAAGGACAUUGUGCGAUUUCGUGUGACCGUGGGGCCAGUGUGUGGUGCGACGACGGGUCGAGUGUGUUCCGGGACAGUGUCCGGGACUAAGGAACAGGGAGAGACGGUAGCGACGGGCCCGCCGGCCGAGGCGUGCGCCCCAGGAGGCGUCGGCGGCGCCGGCAAACCAAGGGGAACAGUUUCGGCCUCGGCGGAGAAGCUCGAAGCCGUCAAAGUGGCUUCGUCACUGGGCCUCCAGGGGCCAUCAGCGCCGAUAGGGGCCCAACUACUGGCUACUGCCGGUUCGGAGGAUGCACCGUCCGUGUACCACGCGAAUCUGCUAGCCAGCAGCAACGCGUCCGUGCUCCAACAGCCCGUUCUAGCGAGCCUGAACACGCCGGCACUGGCCAGCAUGCAGGCCUCUGCGGAGGCCAACUCGCUGGACAUUCAGGCCAUGCAGUCCAUGGACUGGCUGUUCAAGAAGGAGCGUAUAUACCUGCUCGCCCAGUUCUGGCAACAGAGGGCGACAUUGGCGGAGAAGGAAGUGUCCGCACUGAAGGAGCAACUUGCCGCGGCGAAUGAGGGGAAUUCGAAGACUGAGGGACACAAGUUGUCUCAGACUCCACAGGGAAGCGAUCAGCAGCAGGUGCACGAUGCCAGCAAUCCCAGGAGGACGCCCAACACCAACCUGGAGCAGGAACUGCAAGCCAAGGACAAAGAGAUCGGUCAAUUGGUGGAGGAAGUGUCCAGGUUACAGCAGAGCCUGCAGCGUCUCCAAGAGACGAGCGCACAGGCGACCGCUCGGCUCGAGGAGGAACUGGAGGCGCGCAGACAGCACAUCAACAGACUGGAGAGCAAACUGGAGCGGCAGAGGGACUACGACGACCUGAAACGCGAGAUAAACGCGCUAAGGUCGGUCGAUCUCUCCCAGAUACCAACCGGUGAACCUGGCAAGAGCUUGGAGCACCUUCUAAUGGAACGCUCGAAGGCGCUUCAACAGACCGAGAGCUUGAAGCCAUCCAACACCCCGGACGCGCUCGGUGGGCUAUCGUCACCCCUGCAGCGCGCCUCUACCGCCUCGCCCCACGGGGUCGGGGGUGUGCCGCCUUCGUCCCACGUGUCCUCCCAGCAACCACCGCCGCCACCCCCAGCAGCAGUCUCCCUCCCCCCGCGCUCCACCCCCACGCCAUCCUCGGCCACCUCGACCACGUCCAGCCUCCUCUUCCCCCCUCCCCUGCAAAACGUCGAGACGUUCGGCUCGUUCCUCGGCGAAGAGAUCGUCGCCAACUGGAGGCGGACGUUGGAGAGGUCCAUCAUGAACCAACAGCAGCAACAACAACAAUCGAACCCGCUGAGUCAGCUGUCGCAGCAACAGUUGCAGCAAGCCCAACCGCUCAUCGGCCUGCACCCGCCCACGGCCGCCGCGAGCAGCGGCCUCAACCAUCUUCCAUCGCCCACCGAUCCCUCGUCCAGCUCCAACACCCCCGCCAAAUCGAACACCCCCCUAGGAACGACCCCGCUCAGUUGCCUCGACGCGGAGAAAGCGCCGACGCCCGUCUCGGGCCACGAGACCCCGGCGCCCCCGACGCCAUCCUCCACGACAGCGUUAACGUCGCCCCCCAGCUUUCAACCGCCGACCUCCAUCAUCGAGACCACCACCCCCUCCGCCGCCUCCGUCAACGGCGCGACCCUCACGCCCGCCGUCCUACCCCCAGCGCCGCCCCCCAAGAGCCCGCCCGACCAGGAAUCUUGCCACAACAACAACAACAACAACAACAGUCAUCAUCUGGCCAACAAUAAUAACAACAACAACAAUAACAACAACAACAACAAUAACAACAACAUAGGGGGGUUGAGCGUGCUGGACACGCUGAAGAGCCCGUUCCGGUUCGACGAUAGAACGCAUCCGUUUCGAUUCAGCGACGAGUUCGGGCCGACGGGGAUGCCUGUGAGACUGGGCGAGUCCCUGAUCCCGAAGGGGGAUCCGAUGGAGGCGAGGCUGCAAGACAUGCUUCGGUACAACAUGGACAAGUACGCGUCGCAGAAUCUGGACACGUUGCACAUAGCGAGGAAGGUGAGGGAGCUGUUGUCGAUACACAACAUCGGGCAGAGGUUGUUCGCCAAGUACAUACUGGGGCUGAGCCAGGGGACGGUGAGCGAGUUGCUGAGCAAACCGAAGCCGUGGGACAAAUUGACGGAGAAGGGGCGAGACAGCUACAGGAAGAUGCACGGGUGGGCGUGCGACGAAAACGCUGUAAUGCUGCUUAAAUCUCUGAUACCGAAGAAAGAGUAUGUUUCAGGCAAGGAGCAGGGAAUGCCAGCGUUCGCGCGUGGCCCACAGGAAGGUGGCCCACCUGAGAUGAGUGACGAGAGGUUGGCGCACAUUCUCUCUGAAUCGGGCCACUUACAAAUGAGAAGUGAGCACGAGGUGUCGAACGACGCGGACAGCAAAAGUCCGAAUAGAAUCGGUUGUCCGAGCCCGUUUAACAAAGAGAGGCUCGACAGUCAAAAUAGGAGACUGAAGAAAUACGAGAACGACGACAUUCCGCAAGAGCAGGUAGUCAGGAUUUAUCAGGAGGAGCUGGCCAAAAUAAUGGGGAGAAAGGUGGAGGAUACGCGUGGACCCAGAGAGUUUUCUUCCAGUGGCGCUAUGUUCACGCACUUUUUCAGCGGCACGCAGGAGGAUUUCCGGCUGGCACUUGGCGCGUACCACCGUGAAAUGCAGAAACUGAACGCGACACCGGGUCAGAGCCCUUCGCUGAGCGGACUGCCGGGAUUGGCCGGGCUGCCCGGCCUGUUGGCGCUUCAGCAGCAAGCGCUUCAGCAGCACCACCUCGCGACGAACGGCGGCGGCGUCCAAGAUCUGAGCCUGGGCAAGGUGCAAGACCCGAGGGGCAAGAUGAUAAACGGCGUCACGGAGGAGGAGAAAGAGAAGAUGGAGGAAGCGAUGAGACACGCGGGUAGCGCUUUCUCGUUGGUGAGGCCGAAACAGGAAGCUUCCACGGCGCCACAGUCGACGCCAGGUGGAUCCAGCGCGAGUUCGCCGCUCGGCAACUCGAUACUCCCGCCAGCGAUGACACCUAGCGAGGAGUUCUCGGGUGCAGCGGCGGCUAGCCCUCUUCAGAGGAUGGCCUCCAUCACGAAUAGUCUGAUCAGUCAACCGUCCACGCCCACUCACCACACGGCCAACCAGAGGCCGCUGAAAGCGGUACUUCCACCCAUCACUCAACAACAGUUCGACCUGUACAAUAACUUGAACACGGAGGAUAUAGUUAAGAGAGUGAAGGAACAGUUGUCUCAGUAUUCCAUCUCCCAACGCUUGUUCGGCGAAUCCGUGCUGGGCUUGUCCCAAGGAUCCGUUUCCGACCUGUUGGCGCGUCCCAAGCCGUGGCACAUGCUGACGCAGAAGGGCCGCGAGCCGUUCAUCAGGAUGAAGAUGUUCCUCGAGGACGACAACGCGGUUCACAAAUUGGUGGCAAGCCAGUACAAGAUCGCCCCUGAGAAGCUGAUGAGGACCGGCGGCUACGGUGGCCUGCCUCGUAAGUUUAACUCAGCGUGCGGAACACCGAUGAAGCCCAUGCCUCCCACGAAACUGGUCCAGGAGCAGCUUCAAAAUGCGGCGAAGGCGCAGGCGGCGGCGCAAGCGGCUGCCCAGGCGGCGGCUCAGCACCAGCAGGAGAGCCAGGCAGCGGCGAUGCAGCUCGGCCCCCCUCAGCAGAGUCCCCAGCACCCUCAGCACCCUCAACCGCCACCGCCGAUGAUGCUGACCCCGCCAGGCCCCCACCAUCCCCACGCCCAGCUCAGCAUGCAGGAGCUGCAGAAGAAGCAGCAGCAGCAGCAGCAGCAGCAGAUGAACCUGCACUCCCCCCACCACCAGAUGACGCCCUCGCCCCUCCGCGGCCUCCACCCCCACAUCUCGCCCAGCGUGUACGAGAUGGCGGCGCUGACCCAGGACCUGGACACGCAGACGAUCACGACCAAGAUCAAGGAGGCGUUGCUCGCCAACAACAUCGGGCAGAAGAUAUUCGGCGAGGCCGUGCUCGGGUUGUCGCAGGGCUCCGUGAGCGAGUUGCUGAGCAAGCCGAAGCCGUGGCACAUGCUGAGCAUAAAGGGACGGGAACCGUUCAUCAGGAUGCAAUUAUGGUUAUCCGACGCUCACAACGUCGACCGGUUACAGGCGCUGAAGAACGAGCGCAGGGAGGCGAACAAGAGGCGGCGCAGCAGCGGCCCGGGCCACGACAACAGCUCGGACACGUCGAGCAACGACACGGCCGAGUUCUACCACGCGGCGUCGCCCGGCCCGGGGCCGGCCUCCGCCAAGAAGCAGCGGGUCCUCUUCUCCGAGGAGCAAAAGGAGGCCCUCAGGCUGGCGUUCGCCC